AUUAACUUUUUGUUAAUGGGAGGACAUGGAUGGAUUUCUUGUAGACGCAAUUUGUGUUUGCACGGUUUGACAGACAGACAGACUGGGAACUUCUUCUUUCUUCCCGAAAUCAUCAUCUUCUUCCUUUGCCAACCCAAUCCCCCCCUCCUCCUGACGGGAUCAUGGCCUUCUUGCCCUUCAAGAUAGCAAAGCGUAUCCGUGAUCUUUUUAAGAGAGGACGAGUACUUCUGGAUGUACACUCCACAGUUGGGGGCAACAUCUGUCAACUUCCUGAUGAAAUUCUUGAGUGUAUACUCAAUAAAUUAAAACUUAGGGAUGCAGUUAGAGCAAGUUUGGUAUCAUCUAGAUGGAGGCAUCUUGUUUUGUCCCGGGCUAACCUUGUUUUUGAUUUGUCUAACAUUUUUGGAAUGGAAAGUUGUGAUCUCAAGGGAGCUUCAGGAAAGAAAUGUGUUUGUUCAGAAUACAGAGUUAAAUUUGUACAAGCUGUAUAUAGAUUCAUAGCUUCGUAUAGAGGCAGAUGUAUAAGCAAGUUCAUUGUUCAUUUUUGCCUGAAGAGGGACUUCGCUCCUCAUGCCAGGGAUUGGAUUAAAUUUGCUCUUGAUUUAGGUGUGAAAGCGAUCGACUUGCAGUUUUAUUGUGAACAUUGCAGUACUAAAGGGGCACUGUGUGAUACUCAGUGUGAAAUUCCUAUAAAGCAUCUUCUGUCAUCUAACUGUGAUGCAGGAGCAACUUUUUCUGUCCGUCCAUUCAGCCACGUAGAGGCCCUCAGAUUUGAUCACACUCGCUUGAAGUCUCAAUGUAUAUGGAGUUCGCUAUCAACCUUAGUAAACCUCAAGCAGUUGAAAAUGGACUUUUGCGAAUUGCCUCCCGAUUUAAGCCUCAACUCACUCACCAGUCUAGAGCGUGUCUCGGUUUUGUUUUGCAUCGGGUUGAAAAAGAUUGAACUGGCUAGUCUCAAGAUCAAGAGUUUGAGAGUUUUGUGUCAGAGGACUGUUUCAUUGGAGCUAACUGGGGUCCCUAACUUGGAAAUACUCCAUUAUGCAAUGCCUGACAAUGGCUUGGGGUACAAGUUUUCGAAGCUGCCCGAAUAUGUUCCUCAUUUGAGAUCUUUGAGGGUGGACUCUACUUCCAACUGGCUUGAACACAUGCCAGAAAGCACGAUUACAUUCUCAAGACUUGGGAUAUUAAAGGUGGAGUUGGAUCCCAGCGUGGGAGAUAUCAUGUUUAAGAUUGUUCAACUUUUGAAGUUGUGCCCUCUACUCCAUCAUCUUUAUACAUCACUGAGUGCCCGAGAGGACAAGGAACCAGAGAAGCUAGGGUCCAUUGAUGAAUACCAUCAUGAAUGUCUCGAGCAGAUUACAAUCCGUUAUUUUGUGGGCACCAAGUAUCAGAUCGAGUCUUGCAAGUAUCUACUCCAACUUGCUCCUCGCUUGAAAAAGUUGGGAUUAAGGCGUGCUUUGCCCGAUACGUUGUCGUGUCUAAAAGAAGCGGGGUGUAGAAGUCAUCCAAUAAGUGAAGAAGAAUGUGAAAGCGCGUUAAAUGCGCUGAAGCUAUUUUCAAUUGAUGCGAAGGUGUUCUUCAUCUAAUUUGAAGAAACAUUACAUACUUAUUGAACUUGAUUAUCUUUUUUUGUUGAUCAUUUCAAUAAUUUACAGUGAAUUUU